AAUACCUGAGCAUCUAACCUGGACGUAACAGGCAUUUUCUGUUGUAUAGACUUGAUUUCCUCUUUCAUCCACCUGCUCCAAAUAGUGCACAUUUAUUGCAUGUGGCUGCUGAAAAGAAAAGUGGGUGGGGCUGCUAAAUCUAGCAGCAGAGCUUGUGUGUGUGAGCUGGAAAAAAGCUGAGAGUAUGGAAAGCUCUUAUCUGGAUAGACUACUUGAGAUCUGGGACCUCGAUAUUGAAAGCUGCUCCCAUUUGUUGCAAGAUCCUGAGCUGAGCCAGGCCAAGGAAAGCAAGCCCCCAGGCACUUCCUUGUGUACCUCCUCCCAGACACUCGAUACCUCACACAGCAAUGGUGACAGUGUGGAUACACAGAAACUGAACUGUAUUACAGAUUGCACACUCAACAAACCGUUGCACGCUUUUUCACGACUAGACCUAGUGGAUGAUGUAGAAAGUUCUCGCAUUCGAUCAAAUUGUCCAAGCUGCUGCAACGAUAAUGAUAAGGAUGCAAACUGGUGUAUACACUGUGGCACUGCCCUUGUUAGCAAGCGUUUUGAUAUGAACACUCCUCAAAAUCUACACCAAAUGUCCAUAGACAUUGAUAUACCACGGCUUCUCCUUGAUGCCACAUCAUGCGACAUCUCUGCUUCUCCUGAUGAACUUGAAUGUACAACACUUUCCUCAACUAGUGGAAGUCUCAAACCCAACGAUAAAAGCAGACAGACCACUAUCCAAGAAUCGAAUCAUAUUUCCAAACUUCAACCAAGUCCGCAACAGACACACACUCGUCACUGGAAUACAUCCAGUACUUACAUGUGGAGAAAGCCAAGCUCUCUAGACACGAGGAAAAGCCAUUUCAAGCAUCAAUCAGAUAUUCCAACAUGCAGCAAGGAGCCAAUUCAAGACCAACUUGAACACACUGUAGCCUCCUCCAUUCCACGUUUGAAUUUGAGCAGCAUCACUCAGAUUAACGCUGAUGGCUGCUUAUCAACAAGACGUAAACUGUCAGCUAAUAUAAAAAAGUCCCAAUCACACGAUUCCCUCUCGCCACUGGAGUCACUACCAAAUGAGAUCCUCCUCUUCAUUGCGUCACUCCUGAAUGAGAAAGACCUCGUCAGCUGCAUGUAUGUGUGUUCCAGACUCUAUUUGAUUGCGACUGAAAGCUGUUUGUGGAAGAGGGUGACCAUGACGAAAAAGCAACUUGAACAGAAUCACCUGAUGUCCUUAGCACAGCAAUGCACUUGCUUGGAGAUUUUAGUGAUUGAGAAAUGCUCCUUAAAAGCAGAGCCUAAUCUGGAUCUCAACACCUUCUUCCAACGACUGCCAUUGUUGAAGCACCUACAGUGUGUGUUGACUGAUUUUGGCUGCAGAACAGGAGACAUACUUCUUUUGAGCGCUGCACUGAAUUACCCACUUCUCAAUUCGAUAGAAUUUGAUUGGAUUACACUAUCUGAAGAAGCCAUUCAAAGGAGUAUUCAGCUCAUACCACAGUUGGAAAGCGUAUCGAUUCGGCAGCCUGGGACCAUCUCACACAAAACGCUCAAUCUCUUAUUUGCUCAUCACAACAAAUGGUUGAAGUACUUGAAUAUGAGAGUGAAUGACCACCUAACUGUUGAGAAAAUUCUUAUAGCUACUGAGUACUUUCCAGUCCCCAAUCUUCAAACAUUAGCCAUGAUUACCGUUAAUCAGGCACACUUCGUUGACAAUCUACAGCAAGCCUUCCCCUCUCUAGAGUGCCUAAAGAUAAUUCAAGAUACAUUAUCUACGGAAAUAACUGCUCGUCUCUCAUCAGUACCUCUGCGCUCGCUUCAUCUGCAAGUGUACGCAAUGAGUGAUUUAGUGACAUGCUGUAAGGACCUCUCUCGUAUGUCUAGUCUGCGUGAAUUGUGCCUGAACUGUGUUGAUGACGAUGGGGUGGCCAUACUUUGCAAUGGGCAACUUUCACUUGAAACACUUGACUUAAGCAACUCAUACAUUACUUUACUAAGUCUGUCAAGAAUAUCGGAGAGCUCCUUCAGCCAAGUUCUGAGGUCGCUAAAGUUAAAUCAUUGUCAGCGCAUGAGGAGACCAGGAACUACUGCAAUGGCAGACAUUGAAUCAUCUAUACUUUCUCUUAUUAGAAACUGCCCAGAGCUACGUUUUAUCGAGAUGAUGGAACUACUGUCAAUUCAGGUACAUGUAACUGACUUUCUGAAGAGAAUGAAUAAUCAUACUUGCAAACUCAUAUUUUGAAAGAUACCUACUAUAGGCUAAACCAACUAUUUUUGUACUAGUGUAGUAAAUAAUCACAACUAAAAUUGUUCAAGAAAUGUUCUCUAUAGUUCUUUCUAUUCAUGAGAAUUACUUCACUCA